AUGAAGGUGCUCCCUGCAUCUGGCCUCGCUCUCCUUCUCAUCACGGCUUUGAACUUUUCCUCUGCAGCCCCCUCCCUAUUUGCAGCCACCCCCAGGACCUCAAGGAACAACUACCACCUCGCACAGGCAUAUCUUGACAAGUACUACACAAAGAAAGGAGGGCACCAGGCUGGUGAGAUGGUUGUGCGAGGAAGUAACUCCAUAGUAAAGAAGAUUAAGGAGCUACAAGCAUUCUUUGGCCUUCAAGUCACGGGGAAGUUAGACCGGACCACAAUGGACGUGAUCAAGAGGCCUCGCUGCGGAGUCCCUGACGUGGCAAACUACCGCCUCUUCCCAGGUGAACCCAAAUGGAAAAAAAAUACCUUGACCUACAGAAUAUCCAAAUACACGUCUUCCAUGACGUCUGCUGAUGUAGACAAGGCGGUAGAGAUGGCUUUGCAGGCCUGGAGCAGCGCUGUUCCUCUGAACUUUGUGAAAAUAAAUUCAGGAGAAGCAGAUAUCAUGAUAUCUUUUGAAACAGGAGAUCAUGGGGAUUCCUACCCAUUCGAUGGGCCCCGCGGGACACUAGCCCAUGCAUUUGCACCUGGAGAAGGCCUGGGAGGAGAUACACAUUUCGACAAUGCUGAGAAGUGGACUAUGGGAAUGAAUGGUUUCAAUUUAUUCACCGUUGCUGCUCAUGAAUUUGGCCAUGCACUGGGGCUGGCCCAUUCCACAGACCCCUCAGCACUGAUGUACCCAACUUAUAAGUACCAGCAUCCCUAUGGCUUUCACCUCCCCAAGGAUGACGUGAAAGGGAUCCAGGCAUUGUACGGACCUCGGAAAUCAUUCCCAGGGAAGCCCACUGUGCCAAAUGUCCCCCCUCAUAACCCGUCCAACCCUGACCUCUGUGACUCCAGCUCAUCCUUUGAUGCGGUGACAAUGCUGGGGAAGGAGCUCCUACUCUUCAGGGACCGGAUUUUCUGGCGGCGGCAGGUUCACUUGAUGGCAGGGAUCCGGCCCAGCACCAUUACCAGCUCCUUCCCACAGCUCAUGUCCAAUGUGGAUGCAGCUUACGAAGUGGCUGAGAGGGGCACCGCUUACUUCUUUAAAGGCCCCCACUACUGGAUAACAAGAGGAUUCCAAAUACAAGGUCCUCCUCGGACUAUUUACGACUUUGGCUUUCCAAGGUACGUCCAGCGAAUCGAUGCCGCCGUCUAUCUCAAGGAUGCUCAGAAGACUCUUUUCUUUGUGGGCGAUGAAUACUACAGCUAUGAUGAACGAAAAAGGAAAAUGGAAAAGGACUAUCCAAAGAAUACUGAAGAGGAAUUUUCAGGAGUUAAUGGACAAAUAGAUGCUGCUGUGGAAUUAAAUGGCUACAUUUACUUCUUUUCAGGACCAAAAGCAUACAAGUAUGACACAGAAAAGGAAGAUGUGGUUAGUGUGCUGAAAACUAGUUCCUGGAUUGGUUGCUAAAGAGGAAGGUCUAGUCUUUCCUAAGGACUGAAGAAGACUGCCAACUGCUGGUAACUGGAUUUAAGGACUAAAGCAGAAAUUAGGGUAGGGAUUCUUCCCAUCGCCUUCAGUUCU